AUGUACCAAGCAUUCGGGAGGCAUGCCUAUGCUCGCUCGCCUGUCGUGAUACAAGAUCCGAAUAUGCCACAAAGUAAAUGUAUUGACUUGACACGUAGUCUUCUCCACGCUAUCACUGCCAUCUUCCACGAAGUUCGUGAUCGCCGCAAGAACAAGAGCUUCUCUUCGGCCGAGGAAGAGAUGAAGCGCUCGGACGAUGGUCUCCACGACUGA